AAAAAAAAAAGAAAAAAAAACAAAACACAUCGGAAACCGAGGAGUCGUCUGUAGAAGAAGCGGAUUCUUCCACGGCGAGCUUAGAGACUACAUGAACGUGAGGAACCAGUUUUGAUGUCCACCCUCCCAGGACCCUUUGGCUUCUGCAACACCUCCAACACACUCUCCAAAAGGGAGACUUUUACAGCUUUUUACCCAGGAGAAAAAACUUAUCUUGAAAAUUGGUUGUAUUUAUUAAUAGGAACUGGUCCCUAAAACUGUGAAGUCUGUAAGUCUAACUGAAGAAAAGCCCAGCAGCACUGGCAUGUGUUAACCUGGCAUGGAAUGAUCUGGACUGAACAGAGUUCAAGUGAAUUUGACUGGAGACAGAUUAACUCUCUUUAAUUCCACUGAAGAGAAAUGAACUGAAUACAAGCUAACCUGAUCUGACACUGGCGGACACUCCUUAAUUUCUUCAACAAUACUAUUGUUUCCUAUGAAUGGCUCCUUUCUGAGCCCCUUCCUUCAAAAACCCAACUCCCUUAUUUAACUCUCCAAACCAGAUUCCUUCACUUCCUCAGACCCUUUCCGAGGGUCUUGGACAUUGUCUCCAAUCUCACUGAGGAGGUAUCAUCUCCUCCUCUUCCUCCUAAAAUCCUUACAAUCUCUUUCUGCCGUCCAGACAUGGACCUCCACAGGGCAGCCUUCAAAAUGGAGAGUUCCUCCUACCUGCCCAAUCCCCUGGCCUCCCCAGCCCUAAUGGUCCUGGCCUCCACCGCUGAAGCUUCUCGCGAUGCCUCAAUUCCAUGCCAGCAACCGCGUCCUUUUGGUGUCCCAGUUUCUGUUGAAAAAGAUGUUCAUUUGCCAUUUAACAAUGGUUCUUACACUUUUGCAUCAAUGUACCACCGCCAAGGCACAGUCCCACCAGGAUUCCCCAACAGGGACUUCCCGCCGUCCCUCCUCCACCUCCAUCAUCAGUUUGCCCCACCUAACCUGGACUGCUCGCCAAUCAGCAUGCUGAAUCACAGUGGUGUUGGCGCCUUCAGGCCUUUUGCCUCACCUCCGGAAGAUCGGGAUGGGGCACCAGGUGGGUAUCAGUCUGCUUUCACCCCAGCCAAGCGCCUCAAAGGCUGCCUGGAUGCAGAUGCUUCACCCCACCUGCGGUACUCUGAUGCAGAGGGGAAAGAGUACGACUUUGGAGGUGCUCAGAUCCCUCCUGGAGGCUCGCCCAGCAGCGCCCUGAAGGCAGUGGAGGACAGUGGGAAAAAGAUCUUCGCUGUGUCAGGCCUCCUGUCUGAUCGAGAGACUUCCUCCAGCCCUGAGGACCGUAUUGAGCGCUGUAAAAAGAAGAUGUCCCUGUACGACAGCCAGGCUCCAGUCUGUCCCAUCUGCCAGGUUCUGCUCAGGCCCGGAGAGCUACAGGAACACAUGGAGACAGAGAUAGAGAGGCUAGCUACCAUGUGCCUCAGUAAGAACCCUUCACCCAAGGAUGGAGCAGCAACUCCGGGAACCCCUAAGUCGAUGCUGUUGUCUGUGCACAUCAAGCGUGAGGGAGAGUCUCCGGUGGUCUCGCCUCUGUCCUCUGAAGACGCCCAUCACUCCGACAGAUACCAGACAUUUUUACGAGUUCGGGCAAACAGGCAAACAAGAUUGAAUGCCCGUAUAGGGAAGAUGAAGAGGAGGAAGCCUGAGGAGGGGGGCCAGGUAUGUCCGCUGUGCAGCGCCCCAUUGGCUGGGAGCGAGGAGGAGAUGAGUAGACAUGUGGAACAAUGCCUGAUCCAGCGUGAGGGUGCGCUAGGAGACGAUGACUCUGCAGACAUGGAUGGAGAGAAUGGGCGGGGCUUUGAGGAGUACGAGUGGGCGGGGCAGAAGAGGAUCAGAGCUACAGCUUUGCUGGAGGGAGGCUUCAGAGGAACAGGUUUUGCCACAUGUAAUAUCAAGGAAAGCGCGGCGGACAGCGACGCUGACCUAGAUGUGGACGGAGACGACACCUUGGAGUACGGCAAAGCCCAGUAUACUGAGGCCGAUAUCAUCCCCUGCUCUGGAGCUGGAGAGGACCAAGGAGAGGCCAGAGAGAGGGAGGCGCUACGGGGAGCCGUGCUCAACGGUGGGAUGCCUUCUAACAGAAUAACGCCUGAGUUCUCCAAAUGGGCCAGUGAUGAGAUGCCGUCAACAAGCAACGGAGAGAGUAGCAAGACAGACCCCAGCACUCCUUCAUCCUCCUCCUCUUCCUCCUGUGCCCCGCGCACCUGUAAAAACAGCGAGAUCGAAAAGGUAACGGAGGAGGAGUCCACAGCUACCACUAUGGAGGCUCUGAAGGCUCGAAUCAGAGAGUUGGAGAAGCAGAUACUGAGAGGAGACCGAUAUAAGUGUCUCAUCUGCAUGAGAAAGCCUACUAUCCAGUCAGGCGGGGAGAUCAAGAGCCUAGGGGUGUGGCCAGGGCCCCGGCCACUGGCCAGUGAGGUCGGAGAGAGGCAUCCUAAGUCCCUCCCCCUCGGCCUGUACUGCCUGUACAGGGGCCUUGUGAUUGGUGGCUACGGCAGCGGCAUAAAGAGGCUCCUCCCACAGCCCCUACGGAGGGACUCCUACACAAUGCCGCUCACCUCCAUCCAGUGCUGGCAUGUCCAUUGUGAAGAAUGCUGGCUCAGGACUCUGGGGAACAAGAAGCUGUGCCCACAGUGCAACACCAUCACCUCACCUGGAGACCUGAGGCGUGUGUACUUGUAAAUAGCACACACCCCACCUCUUCGUCCUUCCAAUCCAUUUCUCCUUCCAUCUUGGAUUUCAUCGCCUUCCCGUCGAUCACCAUUUGUUUUCUCUCUCUCUCGUGGCCUGGAUCAUAGCUGACAAACCCUCUUAGAGCGUGCAGAGACAAGACAGCUGUCUUUGAGACUCCACUGAAUCUUUGAGGAAGUCAAAACUGGUUUGAAUGAAUGACUGAGCAGCACUCACUGACUCUCUGGCUGCCUGGCCGCCCAUUAAAAUAAAAAAAAUAAAACAAGGAGAUCUGCAAUCUCACUGGUCAGUAGGCUUGGUUCCUCUGCCUCAAUGACAUGACUCCCUCUACAUGUAACAUGGCGUUUCGUCCACUGAAGGACUUCUAAGUCAGUGGAGACAUCGAGCACCCAGCUUAGCCCUACUGAGACAUGGUAGCUUCACGCUGCCGGACCUGGACCUGAAAGGAACUUCUUAUUACAGAAUAUAAAGACUUAUUUUUCCCCUCUAGCUCUUCUUUGACAUUUCAGUGGUGCUGGAAAAUGGGCUCUACCCUGAAGACUUGACAGAAAGUUUCUUUUUUUUUCUGUUCUCUAUUCCAUAGAGAAAACUCUACCCCUGUUGCUUAGGAGAAUUAUAAAGGGCCACUAAAACUGAGCUUUCAACCAAACUGAGAAUAACCUCACAACCUUGAAAAGGAGUUUGACAGUCUUUCUCCUCCCCCACCUCUUCUUCUUCUUCUUCUUAUUCUUCUCCUCGCAGGCCCUUACCUCCCCUCUUCCCUCUUUUGUGGUGUUCUAGUGAAGUAAACCAAAAUUUCUCCCCCUCCAAGAUGCAGUGCAAGCACAUGUAAUAUAGUUCUAUGUAUGUUUACAAUGUUGGGUGUAAAUGACAUAGAGUUCACACGCACGCACAAACAUACACACAUUCACACACACACACACAUGCAACCACAGGCACACGUUACCAUCAGACAAACACAGAAGUAUAUAAUAUCGAAGUCCUGUUUUUAGUUGGAAGGGUUUGGGAAUGAUGUUUGGGGAAAAAAUGGCUGGAAUAAAAUAAGCCUCCUGUAUUUUUAAAAAAAGGAUCAUUUGAAGAGCCAUUUUAUUUCACUGUACAGGAAUAAAAAAUUUAAGUAAUAAACUACUCAAGACUAGAUGGUCAAGAUUUAGAGGGUGUAAUUUUUCUGCAGAGUACUGGAGAGAUUCCUAUUGCCCAAGGUUUCCUGCAAACAAGCAGAAUGAACUGCUCUUUAGUUGCAACAAUGUCCAGCUGAGCCUCUUCUUUUAACCUCCAUUUCUGCUUCCUCUCAGUUGGAAUAACAACAUUCUCAGAUCAUAGUCUAGACAUGUUUUGUUUUACCCCUACACGUUUCAAAAGAAAGCUUUUUCCAUUGUUCUCAUACUGCUAUGCUGCAAAAAGGUCUCAAAUUGGCAACCCUUAAAGGGCAGGUUCUUUCUAAGUUAUAACAGAUAAGGGAAGGCUAUGGAAAAGGAGGAUGGUCAAAUGGCAAUGGCUGAAAUGGCAACCUCAACAUUUCCCUUUUCCCUCUACGGCAGCAGCAGCCAAGGUGGUGGUGUGCUUUGUGUUUGUAAAACUAUGUAUUCUGUGAUGUCUGUAUUGUUGUAAGAAAUGCUGAAAAAAAAGAAAAAAUAAAACUUCUCAAAUACCAUGAGUGGUCCUGUUGACACAACCUGGGUGGUAAAAUAAGACAUAGAGCAGAAAAAAGUAACUCUGUUCACUGAAGAAAAGGUGAGGAAGAUGGCCUUAAUGCAAAAGACACACUUUUUCUGUUUAUGUGCCUGUGUGACUGUGUCAUCUCAGUGUCAGGCUUCACUCUCUCAUUGGACUUUUUUGCAUCUGAAGUUGAUCAUCUCCAUCCACUGUGAAAUAAUGUAAAAGGCCCACAGUUUAAACAUUUUUUUUCAGAAAGAAAUAAAUGGGUUCUAGGAUCCUUCUUUAUAGUAACACAAAUGAUUCUGGGGUGAGAAAAGCAUGAGGUGAUCAGCCAUGAUGGUGGAAUUCAUCUCUAGUGAUGAACCUUUAUUUUCUUUUAGCUCUGUUCCCUUUGGUUUUUAGGUCCUCGUGUAGUUACACGUCCUGGUAGGUAAAUACUGAAUAGGAAAAAGGAUGUGAUGAUGCGCUGUUGCAUUCACGUUGUGAUUCCUCUGAUCUUCCAUUGAUUUGAACAUGCCCCAAAGAUGACAAAUUGCACAAGAGGAUUGUGUCAGAACUAAUUUGUGUCUUGUAUAUUCUUGGAAAUGGUACAUGUCUUUCCCGUUUGUAAACUAAAUUUGACAUUAAUUAAAUGACUGUA